CCAUUGGGUAGCGAGCGGGUGAGGUACGGACAGAGUACAGAGUUUUCGACUGAACGGCCCCGCAGCAUGGAAAAUCGUGUCGAUACCUUACAGUGAAAUGCGCUCAUUUGACACUUACGCCACGGUUACAUAGGUUUGCCCUCAAGCUGGACUUUUGAAACGUUUGGCGGAACAGCGAGUUUUCGUAACAGAAUUGCGGCGUAACUUCGCGCUGCGUCUGUGUGCUGUGUCCAUCACUCCGAGCGGCAGGCACGAUGGGCCUUGUCGAAGAUCUGAAGAGUCGGGGAUGGUUUCUGAGUGCUGAAGGCAUCGAGGAGUGUACCGAAGGUUUGGAGAACCCCAAGGCCGAAGAUGUCAUACGGAAAGCGGUUAACUACGACCUGGUUGAUAUCGGAGAGGGUGGUCUCUCGGAAGACGUGACGAGGAACAAGGUGGAAACGAUGACUGGGCCGGUCGUGGUUCAAAUCCAGAAGGUGAGGAAUGUAAGCGCUCCGAAGAGCAACCCGGAGGCGGACCACUCUCAGUGCCUUCUGAGGCUCCACCUCACUGACGGCACCUCGUACUGCAGCGCCAUCCAGUGGGGGAAGUGGAGCAACAUCAGCCUGUCCACUCCGCCCGGGAGCAAGAUUCUGCUCAAGAACGAGCCCAUUCCAGUUGUGAACGGUUUUCUCCUACUGGCCGAACGGGACUUCAAGUUCCUCGGCGGCAACGUGUCCCACCUCAUCGAGAAAUGGGAGCUCGCCAAGAACCUGAGCCACCACAAACGGAUUGUUGGCGAAGAGGGGGCCGCCCCUCCCUGGGUUCCGUUCGGACACAAGAUCGACGCCGGAGGCCUCAAGAACAUGAAAGGCAACUUCAAGUCCAUGGACCUGUGCCAGAAGGACACCAAGCCCAACGAGUCGUUCGAGAAGCACCGGCAGCUGACCAUCGCUGAGAUCUCCCGCUCCAAGGAGGGGAAGGUCAAGGUCUUCGGAGGCGGCAAACAGCAGCCACAGGACGGGGACAUUGCUCAGCUGGUGAGCAUCGGCUACUCGGUAGAGGCGGCGGUGAGCGCGCUCAAGAUGCACAACUGCGACAUCGGAGCGGCGCUCCAGGCGCUCGAGAUAUCCGACAGGUUCGGCGCCAACAGGAGAGACAGGGCCAACAGGCCCGAGACGGGCAGGAAGAAACGGGAACCGAGGGAACGCGACUCCCAGGACGAGAAGUCAGCGGGCAGGCCUUCCGGACCCAGCACUCUCUUCGACUACCUGCAGAACCAGAUCUCCCUCCCCAAAGUGCCCGACGUGGAAGACGCCCACCUCUGUGAUUUUGCAUCCUCCGAGAGUGGCCAGCUCGCGAAUGACGUGAGCGACCGGAAUACCCGGGGCUUCCGGGGGCACCCCAACGGCGGGGGGCACACCGCUGGCCGCUAUGGGCAGCACCAGCGGUUCCGUGGCAGCCAAGAUGGCCGCCGGGGCGGCGAUGGAGAUCUUCCCUACCACAACCACCAGGACGGUCCGUCUUCCGGCUUCCACGGUGGCAGUGCGGCAGCUUCGUUCGGGAGGCAGAGGGGACGCCAACAGGACACGCACAACUGGAACAGUUCUCCAUCGCCGUCGUGGACCAAUCACCAGGCGUAUGGCGGCCGUCCCGCCGCCCGGGAUCCCCCUCUGGCUCCGCCCACUUCCCGGGACCCGCCUCUGGCUCCGCCCCAGGGCGACGGCGGCGACCGCAGAAGGCCGACGGUGGCAGGCGCCGAGAUCGUGCAGAACGCGAGGCCGCCUCCGCCCCGCGAGCGCAACUUCCAAGAGGCGUCGACGCGGCCGGCGCAGCAGAGGCGCGUGGCCUCCGGGCAGAAGGUGCUGGCAAAAUACUGGGAGGACGGAAAGUUCUACAGGGCGGUGGUGCACGAGGUGUCCUCCAACGGCAACACCUGCGUGGUGAAGUUCGUCGACUACGGGAACCACGAGGAGGUGCUUUGUUCGGACGUGCAGACGGUGGCACCCGGCCAAUGGGAUAAGGGCCAGAUGAGCUCGUCGCGGACAGACCACCACCGCCAUCAAGGAGGCCAUCCGCAGACACAAGGCCAGUUCAGCAGCAACAAGGAUUCCGAAGACUAUCGCUACCUCGAAGCCAUGAUGCUGGGUCAGUCGUCGGGCGCGACGCACCAGCCACCGCCCCAGCACCAGCAUCAGCAGGCGUACCACCACCACCAUCAGCAGCAGCAGCAUCAUCAACGAUCCGCCGAGAAUUACGACCAUGGGUACAGGGGACGGCCUGCCCAGCAUCAUAAGCAACAACCGGGGUUUGGCAAUGGUCGGCCCCAGCAGCAGUACUAUCAGCCACCGGCGCAACGAAGGCCGGGCCCGUCUUGAGACGGCGCAUCCUCAAGACUGCCCGUGGACCUGGGGUCGUACUUCGGUGACGUGGGCACGGGUCCUCGGCCGGCCAGUGGAGAAGGGCAAUCUCGGGCUUCGGUGGAUUGAUCCUCGCUUUUUUUUGUGUGUGUGCUCUGGGCGCCUUGCAGACUGUCGUACUUUACUCGUCGUGCUGACGUUGCUUUUGAGGUGACAUCGGAUUGGAUCCUCAUAAAACUUAGUUUACCGUUUACUCCUCAAGGCUGGGCCGAGGCUGUGGGCACCGGCCCGUAACAGUCAGCACUAGGCCACCAGCUGUUCUUGAAGUCGUUGGUUUCUUUCACUCCAUCGGGAGAGGAUGGGGGUCCUGAUGUUCAGAUUUGCUUUUCAACUCUAGAAUGGUCACCGACUUCUUUAGAACGAUAAGGAAUUAUUGGUUAGUCUCGGCUCCAGUUCUGAACUUACUGUUUGCUAGGAUGUUUGAACGGUCCGCGCGACUUUUGAACCUGCACCGGCGGUCGCGACGCUAAUACAAGCAGGGAGGGAGAUUCGUUCUGGAGACAGAACAGAGGCUUUCCUCUUUCCAGCUCGCUUUCCGUUCCGAAGAUGUCGGUGACCGUAGCUAGGUAUUUGAACCUUCUCCUUACUAAUAUAAAGAUUACCAUGUCGCAGCUGCGCCCUCUCAAGUCAACUAAAAAAAAUAACGUCAGUGGUGGACGGAAUAAACUAGAAUGCACGACUACCUGUCUGGUGCAUGCCUCGACGUCAAUUGUGCCCAUAAGUGUGGAAUGUACCCGUGGGAGGGCGUGGUUGCAGGUGUACGUCUAUACUCCGUUUCGCCUUACGAUGAACUGUGGUGGACGCUACGAGCCAUCGUAGCCGAUUAAAUGCCAUGUGUCACGUGACCUACAGACGUGCGCAAGGCGUAUAGUCACGUGGUACGUUGACAGCACUGGGAUGGCCCGUAAAGGCGGCUGCGGCCGGUGGCCAGGCGAAACGGAAUGUGGACGCCAGCGAGCGAAACGAGGAAAGGGGCGUGCGUUCUAUUUUGUUUUGACCGUGUCCGUGCAUGUGUAUGCUCACACUUUGGGUUCUUGUUUGGGCUUCACUUUUUUCGCGACGUCUCGUGGACACCGGCAGCCAUGUCUUGUCUGGAAGAACACUCGCGAAGAAUGAGGUGGACUCGGGUAGACAUUCUGUCUGCCGCGUUUAUUUACACACACACGAGACCCCAGUGCGAAUUGUGACUGCCGACGAGAUGUGUGUACGUGCGCUUUUGUACUUCUCGAAGUCGAACCCCGUGGCACGGACCGUUGGUACAUGUAGACGCUGAAGGGGAGGAAAUGCACGGCGUCAAAUAAACCUGAAAACCCUUUGCCUCUGCCUAAAA